CAAAACAGCGUAAUCCAUAUGCACUGAACACAACUGGGGAUGUUCUGGAAGAUCCGGAUGGUGAUUCAAGUGCAAGACAUUCAGACUUUGCAUGUCGAUAAUGUAUUUGGACAUUGGGGGGAUACUUCACUGCUAUUGAUGCCCUAAAACAAUGGAGAUUUUAUGGAUCCCAGAUGGGCACAACAUGAUGAUGGAAAAGAUUGAAGAUGAGUGAGAAACAUAUUGAUAUGGCAAAAAAUUCAACAGUAAUUGCAAUAGCAUAAACUUGAUUAUCAUUUGAUAUUGUAAACUCACCAUAUCACGUGCAAUGUCCACUACUGGUAUACCUAUAUAUGCAAGUGAGAUGUACAUGCAGAGCAGCAUGUUUACAUCACUGUGUCACAUGUUUUUUGGGUUUGUUUUAAUGUCCAUUUUCUGCAUUUAGCCCAACUGUGUGUUGCAUCUUUCCUUUUGUUUGCUUUUUUUUGUUCUUCUUUUUUUGGUGCCCAAAUCCCAUUUCAGGGAGCAAUGUCCGCUAACUGACGAACAGUUGGUAGCAGGGUAAGACCGAAACAUUCUGAACCACCUCUCCUUCCCCUAGAUCACUCCCCUGUCCUGUUAUUUCACUCCAUCUUUCCUGUUUUUGUGCCCUGUAUCAAUCUCCAAUCCCAAUCUCUGUGCCGUUCCUUUUUAAUGAUGUACAGAAGAUGAAUCAUGCUUGCACUAAAAUCAUCGGUUUAAAUGUACGCUCAUAAUUCAGAGCAUGUAGACUUGGCAAAUAAGAAUGAAAUUCAAAUCAGUUACAGCAGUUUGAGUAAUACUUUUCAUUGCUUUUUAAAAUGAUGGUGGUGGAAAAGGUCCAUAUUAUGUUUAAUUUUUUUCUAGUAGAUAACACCUUAAUUUGUAUCCCCUUUGACUGCAGCAUGAGUUACAUCAGUCAAACCAGCAUGAGUUUGUCACAUUUCUCAUUCAUGUAUCAUUCACUAUUUUCUGCUGGGAAACCUCUUCUUUUCCUUACCUCACAGUUGCCAAAUUAGAUUUUCUUGUUAUUAUUGAAUUAUUUUAAGUCAAAUCCAUCCUAUAAGCAGGAAUAAGAGCAUUAUAGCCAGAUAAUCUGAACCUUUUUCACUCAUCUCAGCUGCUCCCAGUUUGCAAGGUUUUUCAUUGAGUUUGUGCUUCCUUCCUCGAGGUUUUCUGAUAGCAUCCUGGCCACCAUCCUGGCCACCAAGAACGAUAUGUGUGGAAAGAAGUUUGAACUCAAGAUAGACAAUGUUCGAUUUGUGGGUCACCCGACUCUUCUGCAGCAUUCUCCCCUCAUCCAGGUUUCCAAAACAGAUCCUUCGCCUAAGAGAGAAAUGCCUACGAUGAUCUUGUUUAAUGUGGUUUUUGCACUAAGAGCAAAUGCCCACCCGUCAGUGAUCAGCUGCAUGCACAACCUGUCUCGGCGCAUCGCCAUAGCCCUUCAGCAUGAGGAGCGCCGCUGCCAGUACCUGACCAGAGAAGCCAAGCUGAUGCUUUCCAUGCAAGACGAGAUCACCACUACGACUGAGACAGAUGGAACCCCGCAAUCUCCAUUUAGACAAAUUCUUCCAAAAUGUAAACUAGCCAGAGACUUAAAGGCGGCCUACGACAGCCUCUGUACAACAGGUGUGGUACGAUUACAUAUCAACAACUGGCUGGAGGUCAGCUUCUGCUUGCCUCAUAAGAUCCACAGGGUCGGUGGGAACUACAUUCCCCCAGAGGCACUAGAGCGCAGUCUGAAGGCCAUAAGGCCCUAUCAUGCCCUGCUGCUGCUAGAAAGUGAGAAGGCGCUGUUGGAUCAACUUCCUCUGGACUGCUCACCUGCAAUGGUGCGCCUGAUAAAGACCUGCUCAGCAGUGAAAAACCUGCAGCAGCUCGCCCAGGACGCUGACCUGGCCUUACUUCAGAUCUUCCAAAUUGCUGCUCACUUGGUUUACUGGGGCAAGGCGAUCAUCAUCUUUCCUCUUUGUGAGAAUAACGUCUACAUGCUGUCUCCUCAUGCCAACAUCUCUCUAUACUCCACUUUGGCUAAGCAAUUUGCUCAGCAGUUCUCUGGCCACGAUCUGCCCUCCAUGUUGGCCAAGUUCUCUCUACCGGUCUCAUUGGCCGAAUUCAGAAACCCCCUGGAAGCCCCUGCACAGGAGGCCCAGCUCAUCCAGAUGGUGGUGUGGAUGCUCCAGCGCCGCCUGCUCAUCCAGUUGCACACUUAUGUUUGCCUUUUAAUAUCACCCAGUGAAGAUGAGCCUACACCCAAGGAUGAAGAACUUCCACUGGCUGCGCGGGUUGGAGGCCGCAGUCUCAGCACCCCGAGCGCUCUCAGUUUUGGUUCUCCAACCAGCAGUGACGACAUGACCCUAACCAGUCCCAGUAUGGAGAAUUCCAGCGCUGAGCUGCUGCCUGGCGGAGACUCUCCUUUGAAUAAAAGGAUGACAGAAACACUCCUGGCAAGCCUGUCAGAGCAUGAGAGGCAGGUUAUACUGAACAUCCCGGCUGCGCAAAAUCCUGAGGAUCUGCGGAUGUUUGCCAGGCUGCUGCACUAUUUUCGGGGACAUCACCACCUGGAAGAAAUCAUGUACAACGAGAACAUGAGGCGAUCGCAGCUCAAGACGCUGUUCGACAAGUUCCGCAGCGUCCUCAUUGUGACGAACCACGAAGAUCCUAUUAUUUCUAUCUUUCAGUCUCCCAUGGAGUACACAGCAUGACUGCCCACCCACUGGUUCAUCUGCAACGUGCUCAGGACCAAGGAGGCUCUGCGACUGACAUGACGGCAUUAGUGUGUGAAGAGUUACAAAAUAUAGAGUAUUUUUUAUCUUUGAGCCAAACCUUUGUUUACAAUAGUAAAUUAUUUUAUAUAUGCCAGACAUGCCUUAUGGGUUCACUGUGAAAAGUGGAAGCACUGGCGCACUGGCAGACUGACACAAUCGCCCGUGCCGGCUUUAGAAGUGCACAUCAAGCACUGAUCGUUCCAGGCCUCCAGCUACCUCUCUUUAGGCGUCCCAAAGGUGGAGAUGGAAGCACUGCAGAGCAAAAAAAAAAGAUGAAGAGUCUUAGCAGCAAACAGCUUGUUUUUGCACAGGCUCAGGUUGGAUGGAAAGGGGCUUUCAAAACAUCUGUAAAAAUCACUGAGAAGAACAUUUCCCCCGAGUGAAUGCUUAUUGGAAAACAGAUGGAAUUAUAUGAGACAGACUACUGUAUGUAGAAAAAUGAUUUUCUUUUUCAAAUAAACUCAGUCAGGUCUAAUCUUUUACCUUACUGUACAACUUUGCUUCAAUAAACUGCAGUUCAAAAUAAA